AUGGCGCCCCCAGCCGACGCCAUGGCCCCCGUGGCGCCCUGCACCGCCAGCGCGUCCUCCUUUGAGGCUUUUUGCGCCGCAGCGUCCCCCUGCGCCGCCGCCAUCGCCGCGCCGCGCAACGUGUGCGGCAGCAUCGCCGCGCUCGCCUGCGGGGCCGCGGCGCCGCCCUCCCCCACCAACAGCGGUGCGUCGUCGGCGAUGGAGGAGGAUGUGAACACCCGCCUGGACGCCUCGGACAACCCGCUCGCGUCGCCCCAAAGCGACAGCCACCCGCCGCCGGCCGUGCUGCGCACGCCGGCCCUGCCGCCCGCCGCGCGAGCGGUGGUCGGCCUCUACGGCGCCGCGCGCGCGCCGUCUGGCGAGCCGGCGGGCAUCGCGGCGGCGGCGGCGGCCCUCAUCCGCGGGUGGGGCCUGGCGGACACCUUCUAUAUCUACGACCUGGGGGAGGUGGCGCGCCUGCACGCGCUGUGGGCCGCCGCCCUGCCGCGCGUGGCGCCGUUCUACGCGGUCAAGUGCAACCCCGAGCCGGGGCUGCUGGCGAUGCUGGACGCGCUGGGCGUCGGCUUUGACUGCGCGUCGGUGCAGGAGCUGGGGCGCGCGGCGGCGCUGGGCGUGCCGCAGAGCAGGGUGAUCUUUGCCAACCCCUGCAAGCGGCCGGCCGACUUCCGCUACGCCGCGGAGAACGGGGUCGAGUACACCACGUUUGACUGCGCCUCAGAGCUGGAGAAGAUCGCCGCAGGUAAGGGGGGAGUGGGGGUUAGGGUGGUGGGUUGA